AUGAGUCAUUCUAUGAGCAGUCCUAGAAACAUCCAGUUAGUAUUCGAGACGUAUCAAAAGGCUCGGCUGGUGUUUGUGCAAACAAUGGCUGAACUUGCUACUAGGGCAACUAACGUCAAAUGUUUGGAGAGUGCAGGUGUACUCGAGUUACUAAGACCCUUACUGUCCGAUGCCUGCAGUACGGUCCGACAAUGUGCAGUGGUAGCGGCAGCACGAUUAGCUGAGCACGAGGAAGGAGUUGCUAGGCAAUUACUAAACGGCGGCAUGUUGACUAUCACACUAGAGAAUUUGAAUAAAUAUAAUGUGUAUUAUAAAAGGUCUGCUCUGUAUCUCUUGAGAGCUGUUGCGAAGCAUAAUGAAGAAUUAGCUAACGCGAUCGUUCGAUUAGGAGCAUUAGAGCACAUAGUCACAUGUUUAGAAGAUUUCGAUACGCAAGUGAAAGAAAACGCUGCCUGGGCUUUAGGAUACAUAGGUAAACACAGUGAGCAGCUAGCAGGAUUGGUGGUGGAUGCUGGCACAUUACCCCUGUUAGUGUUGGCAUUCCAAGAACCCGAAAUGAGUCUGAAACAAAUUUCAGCUGGGGCUUUAGUGGACCUAGCCCAACAUAAGCCAGAAGCGGUAGUGGACGCUGGAGCAAUAUGUCAUUUAGUACAUGGAUUGGAAAACCAAGACCCUAAACUGAAGCGGAGCACACUGUGUGCGCUUGGUGCCGUGGCAAGUUCACGCACCGACCUAGCCGAGGCUGUUGUAGCUGGUGGGGCCUUACCCACAGCACUGUUACAUGCUGGCCACGACGCCGCGCCAGUGCGACGCGCCGCUGCUUGUUUACUACGCGAUAUCGUUAAACACUCAGUUGAUUUGGCGCAACUAGUAGUUAAUACCGGUGGAUGUGGUCCUUUAGUGGAGCUCUUAGCGGAAUCAGUUGGCGGUACUCGAGUACCCGCUUGUAUGGCACUUGGCUUCAUAGCUGGACAAUCUGAUCAAUUAGCUAUGGCGGUAAUUGAAGCGAAGGCUAUUCCGGCUCUAGUUAAUAUACUACAAAACACGGAAGCUGAAGAUGCAGAUCUCUGCGCAGCUGCGUGGACCUUGGGUCAUAUCGCUAAGCACUCUCCUCAGCACAGCUUAGCUGUAGCUGUUGCCAACGCUUUACCAAGAAUGUUGCAGUUAUACACAAACCCCAAGUCAUCAGGGGAAGUACGAGCUAGAACAUCAUGUGCACUGAAGCAAUCACUUCAAUGCUGUCUGCAUCGUCCUGCGUUAGAACCUCUUUUGCAUUCCGCACCAGCUGGCAUUCUCAAAUAUGUUUUAGCACAAUAUGCUAAGGUGAGUUGA